AUGAUUCCUUUGGUGACUUAUCGUUCGGAUGAUGAAUCUCUCCGUCUGGGCGAAAUGUUUGGGAGCAAUGAUCAGAGCAUAAACACCGCCAAAGAACAAGAGAUGCAACCACAUUCUGUUGAAAAGAAGGAAGAUGUCGAUCAUGAUGAGAAUGAGGAGAAAAUCGCGUUUCCUCUUGAAAAGGCGCUGUUGUUGAACUUCCCUUCAGAGAACAAAGAGCAACAGCAAGAAGACUACAUUCCUGAAACUGCCGUCAUAAGCUCGGGUUCAUUGCGGCGACGUGUCACCUUCUCAGACCUGAACACUAUCUUCGAGGCACCAGAGAAUGAAGAUCCAGUGGAAGAAGAUGAAACUUCUGAAUUGAAGCAAGACAACAACCGGAAUGAUGUGAAGGACACAGAGGGAAUUGAGGAGCGCAGAAAGGUGAUAAUUAAGUAG